AUGCCGGUAAAAGCAGUUUGCGUUCUAAAUGGGGAUGUUAGUGGGACAGUGCUUUUUGAUCAGAAGGAUGAGAAAUCACCAGUAGUGGUAACUGGUCAGGUCACGGGUCUUUCCAAGGGCAAGCAUGGAUUCCAUGUGCAUGAGUUUGGUGACAACACAAAUGGGUGCACCUCUGCUGGCCCCCACUUCAACCCUUCAAAGCAAGACCAUGGAGCGCCUGAUGCAGCUAUUCGUCAUGUUGGUGACUUGGGCAACAUUGAGGCUUCCUCUGAUGGUGGAGUUACUAAAGUAUGCAUUCAAGACUCACAAAUCUCAUUGUGCGAGCCCAACAGUAUCAUUGGCCGCACUCUAGUUGUGCAUGCCGAUCCUGAUGACCUUGGCAUUGGGGGUCAUGAGCUCAGCAAGACAACGGGAAAUGCUGGGGCACGCAUUGCUUGUGGAGUCAUUGGACUUGCCAAAGCUGAAUAG